AUGUCCCAGUCGGCUCAGACAAUCCACAAUUGGAUCCGAGGACACGACAAAGUACCAGGGGCCUGGACACUCAUGGACGGCCAGCCUGUUACCCUGUAUGGCUCCUCUCUGCUGGGGGCCUCAGUCCCGGAUGGAGACCCAGUGCAGGUGGAGGGAGCGUCUCAAUCUGCGGUCGUGUCCAAGAGCGGGCUGGUGCUGUACGGCACUGACGGCAACGCGGUCCUGGUGAAGAACCUUCUGUUUGAAGAUGGAAAGAUGAUUCCUGCGUCUAAAUACUUUUCUUCUGGAGAAUCGUCGAGUUUGGAGCUGACGGAGGAAGAGACCAAGACCUCAGAGCAGAUCAGGCUGAUCUGGAAGGGCAUCCUGAGUAAUGUGGCGGCUGUUGAGGACUCUACAGACUUCUUCAAAUCUGGAGCUGCUUCCAUGGACGUGGUCAGGCUGGUGGAGGAGGUGAAGCAGAUGUGUCCGUCGGUGCUGCUGCAGAACGAGGACGUGUACAUGGCCUCCACUUUCCAGGAUUUCAUUCAGAUGUUUGUGAGGAAGCUGAGAGGAGAGGACCAGGAGGAGCAGCUGGUAGUGGACUAUGUUUCUAAAGAAGCCAACAACAUGACGGUGAACAUGCCGCACCAGUGCUUCAUCAACGGAAAGUUUGAGGACGCUGAAAACCAGAAGACGUACGCCACGGUGAACCCCACGGACGGAUCGGUGAUCUGUAAGGUAUCGUACUGUUCGGUGGGGGAUGUGGAUCGUGCUGUAGCUGCCGCUAAAGAAGCGUUUGAGGAGGGGCCCUGGGGCCGAAUGAACCCGAGGGACCGAGGCAGCCUGCUCUACAGACUAGCAGACCUGAUGGAGCAGUACCAGGAGGAGCUGGCCACCAUCGAGUCCCUGGACUCUGGAGCCGUGUACACUUUGGCCCUGAAGACCCACGUGGGCAUGUCUAUCCAGACCUUCAGAUACUUCGCCGGCUGGUGCGACAAGAUCCAGGUGAGAAACCCUCCUGCCUCUCUGCGACAAGAUCCAGGUGAGAAACCCUCCUGCCUCUCUGCGACAAGAUCCAGGUGA